AUGUCAGUCCUGUUAGAAACGUCCGCUGGUGACAUUACCAUCGACUUGUAUGUUGAUGAGGCACCCAAGACAUGUGAAAACUUCCUGAAAUUAUGCAAGAUCAAGUACUACAACUAUUCGCCCGUCUAUAACGUCCAACCGAACUUCUCAUUCCAAUCUGGCGACCCCAUUGGCCCUGAUGCGCCCGAAAGUGAUGGCGGUUCUUCAAUAUGGGGUCUUCCUGACGGUGUCACAAAGAAGACGUCAAGACCCGAGUCCAUGACUUUCAAGCCCGAGUUCAGUCGCAAGAGGAAGCACACAGAGAGAGGCACCAUCAGCAUGGCAACAACCGCCUCGACGAUAAACCCGGAUGAUCGCUUCGCUGCUAGUCAGUUCAUCAUCACUCUUGGUGAGAACCUGGACCUACUCGACGGCAAGGCUGCCAUCUUCGGCGAAGUCGUGGAAGGCUUCGAUGCUCUCGAGAAGAUCAACACCGCAUUCAUCGACGACAAGGGUCGCCCGCUUAAAGACAUACGUAUCCUUCAUACAGCCGUCCUUGACGAUCCAUACGACGACCCUGAGGGUCUCGUCGAGCCACCAAAAAGCCCUGUCCCGACAGCAGGCCAAUUGGCUACCGUGCGCAUCGCGCAUGACGAAGAGAUUGCCGAGAAUACCGACCCGGAACAACUCGAGAAGCUACGCCGCGAGCGUGAAGCACGCGCCCAAGCCUUGACCCUUGAGCUCAUUGGUGAUCUACCCUUCGCCGACGUCACGCCUCCUGAACAAGUGCUGUUCGUCUGCAAACUGAACCCUGUUACUCGCGACGAAGACCUUGAGCUCAUCUUCAGCCGCUUCGGCAAAAUCCUGUCAUGCGAGGUCAUUCGCGACAAAAAGACUGGUGACAGCUUACAAUAUGCAUUUAUUGAAUUUGCUAGCAAAGAAGACUGCGAACGUGCCUACUUCAAGAUGCAGGGCGUUUUGAUCGAUGACCACCGCAUUCACGUCGACUUUUCACAGAGUGUCAGCAGGCUCGCUGACGUUUGGCGCGAUACAACCAAUUCAAAGACUGCCAGAAAGAAGGGCGGAUUCGGUGGUAUCGCUGGUCUCGAAGCAAAACGUCACUACAGGGAAGGCGAGAGAUUCGGUGGUCGUAACAGCCGUGGUGAACGCUACGACUAUGUUUUCGACAAAGACGGCAAGCGCAGAGACGGUGGCAAGGACGACCGAGAGAGGAGUCCUAUGCGAAGUCCGCCACGUCGGGAGAGGGACCGUAGCCCGCCGCGCCAUGAGAGAGACAGAAGCCCAGCACGCCGUGAUAGGGAUCGAAGCCCAAGGCGUGAUCGUGACUAUAAGAGAGACGAUCGCCGCGAUGACAGAAGGCGUGGCGGGGAUCGCUACCACGACGAUACAUACAGGAGAUCAAGGCACUAG